GCUCGGAGCGCAGAGCGGUUUGGUCGUUGGUCGGGAGAGCGGCGCGUCUUCGCUGGCGGCUGCGGCUGUGUCGGGGCGGCGGAAGCGGCGCGGAGCGGCCUGAGGCUUCGGAGCUCGGUGAAGGGAGAUGGCCCGAACCAAGCAGACGGCGCGGAAGUCCACUGGCGGGAAGGCCCCCCGCAAGCAGCUGGCCACGAAAGCCGCCCGGAAGAGCGCUCCCUCUACCGGCGGGGUGAAGAAGCCGCAUCGCUACAGGCCCGGCACCGUGGCGCUCCGGGAGAUCCGUCGUUACCAGAAGUCGACGGAGCUGCUCAUCCGGAAGCUGCCCUUCCAGCGGUUGGUGCGGGAGAUCGCCCAGGAUUUCAAAACCGACCUGCGGUUCCAGAGCGCGGCCAUCGGCGCGCUGCAGGAGGCGAGCGAGGCGUACCUGGUGGGGUUGUUCGAAGACACUAACCUGUGUGCCAUCCACGCCAAGAGAGUGACCAUCAUGCCCAAAGACAUCCAGUUGGCCCGCCGGAUACGGGGAGAGCGAGCUUAAGAGGAGGCGGUUUUUACGGCGUUUUGUAGUAAAUUGUGUAAAAUACUUUGGUUUAAUUUGUGACUUUUUUUGUAAGAAAUUGUUUAUAAUACGUUGCAUUUGUACUUCAGUCAUUCCAUUUCGCUCAGGAUGAAUGCGGAAGUGACUGUUGUCGGCCCUCGGUGCGCGCCGUCCUCGAGUGACGGGUGCGAAUCUGCAGAAGGGCUGGGUGAUCUCGCUUCUCAUGCAUGUUCCGUGUGUUAGACUUGUUGGGUAGCUACUAAGGUACUAGAAUUGAUAAAUAAAUGUGCACAGGGUCCUUUUGCAAUAAAACUGGUUAUGACUUGAUCCAAGUGUUUAACAAUUGGGGCUGUUAAGUCUGACCAUACAUCACUGUGAUCGAGUGCGGGCUUUUUCGAGGGUGGAGAUCCAAGUCUUAACCACAGUGUAACUUACAGUUUCCUUAAAGAAAAAAGUAAACCUGGCAGCUAUAGAUACACUAUGUGCAUUUAUAAUAGCUAUUUUAUAUAUUGUAGUGUCAACAUUUUUAAAUUAAAUGUUUUACAUUGACGAGUCUGGUCAUUGAGGCGUGUGUGAUUAGUCCAGCUGGCUUGGCUGACGAGGCUGCACUGUGUCCGGAGCAGAUGCUUCGUGCGUGCACCUUGACCUUGCGUAAGUCCUCCUGCUGCCACGCGCUGACUGCCCCUCGGCCGGGAAGGCAGGCACUAACGGGGUUAUUCACAAGGGCUCUAGGCUACAGUACAAGUUACUCACCAGCAUCACCUGUCACUAGGGCGCAGCUUUUCAUGGUGUCGUGGUUGGUCUCGUAACUAGGUUCUCUUCCCCUCUGCCGAGAGGAGGCGAUCCUGACCCUUAGUGUGGACCUGCUGUGGAGGCGCGCAGCUUCUGGGCUUCUGCCAGCCGAGAUGGUGUCUGGUCAGGAUACACCUGGUGACUGUCCUGUCCUGGGAAAAUCACUUUUCUAGAGAUGGCCUUGCAAGUGGUUUUUAAAUCUAUUGAAGUUUUCAGGUCAAUUAUGUAUGUUGACUAAAUUUACAAAUAAACUUGUUUAUCCAACGAAGUGUCAAAAAGCUAA